GACCGCGAGAAAUCUCUCACCGUACAUAUAUACGUACAUAUUCUCGCCGCCUGCGCAUCAUCACCGAGGCAAUAUCCAUUGCAUUCCGAAGCAUCCUUACCCAGUGAGUCGCAAGGCUGUAGUAUCACAGACAGAUGGAUCACAAGAGUACACCUCGCAUGCGAGAUACCGCGCUGCUGCACCGAAAAAAAAUCUCAAGUCGAGUCCUAUUUCUCUACCGACUUCGCUCUGCGAUACCAUUUCUAACGACUGAUACUGCUAAUAGUAUCUAGAGAAUCGACAUCAUGUCUUCCUCCCCCUCAAGCGACUCCGAAAAUGAUAAAGCACGCGUAAAGCAACCCCCCCCUCCAGCUCCAUAUGGACCGGCUACACAACCAAAGAAGAAGAAAAAGAUUCUCCCACCUCAAGAAUCAAUCAAUAAAAUCUGGUUGCGCUUUUCCGCUCCGAGUUUUAGCAAAGCCACAUUUAUUCUUCCCCCAAGUCACUUCAAGACCGAAAAACCGAAGGCCAUCCUUCUCCAACCCGAACAAAAGAAUGUCCUCGUAUCCGAGGACUUCAAUAGAGCCGUGGAAGAAUGUCGCAAUCGGGUGAAGAAGCUUAUCAGGGAGUGUAAACGCGUAAACAUGCGAUACAGGGACUCGGAAUUCGACAUCGAUUGGGACCUCAAAUGGGAAAGAGGGUUUUGCCUGAAUUCUCUAGGUGGUUCCAAAUUCGAGGUCUCCGGACGAGCCUUUUCGAACCCGGCUUCCAAUGUUCCUAAAGCGUGCAAGAGGGUACACGAGAUAUUCGAGAAGCCGACGUUCAAGGAUAAGGUGACGCCUGCGGACGUUAGGCAGGGAAGUCUAGGAGAUUGCUGGUUGAUGGCGAGUCUUACUGCGCUUGCCAGCAUGGAGAAUGGGAUUCAGCGGAUUUGUGUCGAAUAUGAUACAAGUUAGUGGUUUUUUUCUUCACUUCCCCUGUCGUUGAUAUGCUUACGGGUUGUCAGAAGUCGGAAUAUAUGGUUUUGUUUUUCAUCGUGGUAAGUCAUGUUUUCUUGUUUCUUGAUUUCAUUUCAAUCCGUUGCAAGGGGCUGCAGUGAGAGACAGUGAAAAGUGUUUGCGUUGGCAAUGCCAGCCCUUAGAAGAAAAGGUUUAGGACUACCAUGUACCCGUUUACCUGGUUAUCGCAAACCUGUUCAUGUCCCUGGCUUUGCAGUUUCAUACUCGCUAGUACAGAUCUUAUCCAUGUGGAGAAUGGUCAAGGAUAUGAAAGAUGGCGCUAAACACUUGGAGUAGACCAAGAUGGAGAACUACCGAGUUUAUGUCAAGAACUCUGACCAUCAACUUCAAGUGGAAAUAAUCAGAUUUUCAAAACAUACUUUUACAUAUCUAUACCUAAAAGAUUCCCACUCAGUGAAAGUCUAAGUAGCACCACUGUGAUACAGCGUCUUCAUCUACUCCGGAGUUUCCUCCUCUUUGAUCACAACACCAGCAGCCAGAUUGUUGUGUAAUCACAUCCUCUGGAAAAUGAUCUACCGCCUAGUGUAGCAAUACGUACUUUCUUUCUCAUCGGUUUCGUCCGGUUGUCCAAUGCAUAAUUGCCCUAAGUGGAGUGAUACAGUAUUCGACGUUCAGAUGAGUCUAACAUACAGUGACAGAUGGCGAAUGGAUUAUCUCUAUCAUCGACGAUAAGCUUUACCUAAAGAAUCCCGAUUGGGACUCUCCAUCUUUACAACGACAUCUCCUUGAACUAUCGGAUCGAGAAGACGUCGAAGCCGAAUAUAGAAAAACAUAUCAGACGGGAUCACAAGCACUUUACUUCGCCCACUGCGCGGACCAAAGCGAGACCUGGUUGCCUUUGCUAGAAAAAGCAUAUGCAAAGGCCCACGGUGAUUAUGGCGCACUACAAGGUGGAUGGAAUGGGCAAGUCUUCCCACUCAUUUUGAAACGAACUAUCUGACCUGUAAAAGUGAGGGAGUCGAAGAUCUUACUGGUGGUGUGACCACCGAACUUCUCACUUCUGAUAUCCUUGACACUGACGAGUUUUGGACCAACGAGAUUCUCAAGGUCAACAAGGAGUUCUUGUUUGGUUGCUCGACUGGUCUUCUUGACGGCGGAUAUGGCAAUCGAGAUGGGAUCUCGGAAGGACAUGCUUAUGUUGUUAUGGAGGCGAGAGAACUUUCAACUGGAGAAAGGCUCCUCAAGCUUCGGUGAGUCCCGCUAUGCUCGAAAUUAAACUGUUUCUAACGAAAUCAGCAACCCUUGGGGAAAAGGCAAAAAAGGGAACUGGGAAGGCGCAUGGUCCGACGGAAGCAAAGAAUUCACGCCGGCGGCUCAGAUCGAACUCAACCACAAAUUCGGCAACGACAGUGUAUUCUGGAUUUCUUACUCAGACCUACUAAGAAAAUAUCAACAUUUCGACCGUACACGUCUCUUUAUGGACUCUCCGGACUGGAGAUUCUCGCAAAAAUGGAUCAGUAUAGAAGUCCCCUGGAAAGCGGAGUUUCACCAGAAAUUCAGGAUCGUUUUGACGAAGCAAAGUCCUAUUGUUAUGGUGCUCUCGCAAUUGGAUGAUCGGUAUUUUGAGGGUCUGCAAGGACAGUAUGAUUUUCGUCUCCAGUUUCGUGUGCAUGAGGUGGGUGUCGAAGGUGAGGAGGAUUACAUUGUUAGAAGUCAUGGGAAUUACCUUAUGAAUCGAAGUGUGGUUGCUGAAUUGGCGAGCUUGGCUGCAGGGACGUAUGCAGUAUUCAUUCAGGUUGUUGCGGAACGUCAUCCUGGACAAUUGACCGUGGAAGAGGUAGUUAAGAGACAGUGUAAGAGGAAGAUUGACAAUGAGAAAUUGGCUCAAGUCGGUGCUUCUUAUGACUUUGCGCAUAGUAAGGCGACGGUACAUCUUGAAUCGAGGGCGGCCCAGAAGAAAGCGGCGGAGAGAAAGAAAGCUAAAGAUACAAGGAUGGCGACGAGGCGGAAGAAUUGGGAGAAGAGGCAUUUGCAUCGGGAUGUUUUCCGGAAGCAGGAUAAGAAGAAUCGGGAGAAGAGGGAGUUGAAGAUAAUACAAGAUGAAAAGGAAGCUAGGGUAAAUUUCGAAGCGAAGCCAAAGGAUGCAGGAUCUCAAACUGAACCGAUUCCGGCGAAAGCAGCAGUCAUCAUCGAGGAUAAGGGCGUUCAAACAGAGUCCCCAGAGCAACUAGCGAAAUCCGAAAAUAAAUCAUCUGAUACGGAAACUCAACAACUAAAUGACACAGAAAAAGCCUGCCAAACCGACCCCGUCCUCAUCCGCUCUACAUCAGCGUCUUCCCAAGCAGCACCUGACACACCCCCCUCCCUCAUCCUCUGCACAUCCCCACGAUCACAAUCCGGGCUCCGCUCAGGCUCCAUCCAAACUGGUCCCCCUCCCCCACCACCCGCCUUCCGAAGCGACAACCGGAAAAACUCCAUGGUUUCUCAAGCGAGGAAUUAUAAUCGUGGUCCACCGCCGCAACCUAAUUACAUCACGGAUGAGGGCGAGUCGAGCGCAAGUCCCAUUAGUGAGUUUGGGGAUCUCUUCAGCGAUGAUGAUGGUGUGGGAGCUCAGGGAGGGAGACAUCGGGCGGGUGCGAAGGAGAGGAGUAGUGGGGGCGAUGAGGAGGAGGAUGAGGUUGAGGCAUGGAAUGCGGUUGCGGUUGUGGGGUUUAGGGUUUUUGGGAUGGAUGAGGGGAUGGAGGUCUUGAUUUGGGAGGAGGGGGAUGAAGAUGAGAUAAAAGAGAGGAGUGGGGAUGAAGGGGGGACGGAUGGAGAUGCUGAUGGGGAGGGGGAGAAAGGUGAGGAUUCGGGGAAGAAGAUUCCUUCAAAGAUCGAGCAGGUGGUUGGAACGGUCGAGAGUCUGGAGAAACGGGAUGAGAAACAUGUCAAAGACACGAACACGAAUAUCGUUACUGUCGAGGCUGUCAAAAUGAAUUCUGACACAAAUAAGUCAGACUAUAAGAAGCCAUCUGGGGAGCAGCCUGAUUCUGGUCGUUCUGGGAAGAGAGGUGAGGCGUCAACAACAACGAAAAUUGAGGAUAAGGAGUCAUCAGGUCAGAAAACGACAGAAAUGGCCGCAUCUUCCGUGGCCAAUGAGGCAAAUAUCAAACCAAAAACUGGAACCAAGGUGAGUAGCAUACAGGAAAGUCAACCAACUACCAAAUCAGAUAAAGAAGUGGAGGCAGCAUCGAAUUAGUAACUCAACGCCUUCAUAUCAGUGGAGUACACGUUAGAAGUGGCAGGCAGGCUAUAUUGUAGAUAGCCAGAAUCAGUGUGCAGAAAUCUGUAUCCACAAGCGUAAUCUUUACUGCGACAACACGCUUUCAGAUUGAGUGACUCUGAGGUCAUAUAAACAACCUCUCAGAACACAAAAAAAGAGCUGGGAUUGAUGGACAAAUGGUACGCGAAAUAAUUGAUCAAUCGGAGGCGUGUAUGAAUUUACAGGUUAUUAUGGGUUAUAGGUAGGAUUCGUUGGGAUCUCUUCAUUUCUUAACGAAUAUAUAAUGAACACGUGCUAAGGGAUGAAUGAAUACAUUAGAUUAAUUGCUUUACUUUUGAUGUUGGAGAUAAUAGUAUAGACCAUGAUGAAGCGUAUAAGAUUAUUGUUGUCUCCAGUCCUUAUUCUCUUGUGUUUAACUCAGGGGACUGUUAAGUCAGUUUGCAGUAGUUGAUUUUGUUGGCCUCGCUUAGCCUAGUAUAAACAAAAUAUGGAAUAUAUCGCCCCACUCUUCCUCGUUAUCUUGCACUUAUCAUAACCGCCUAUUCCUCAAACUUCAGAAUAUGGCAAAUUUUACGAUCGUUCCACUCCUCAACCGCAAGCGAAUGGAAUGGAUCAAAGACCCGCCCAUCGUGGCGUUCUGUGGCGCGAUGCUAGAUAUCGAUAACCUCACAUCUAACCCGAGUUUGAAUUUGCAACCGCAGACCAUAGAGAUAUCGCCCUUUCAAGCUCAUCACCAGAGCCAUGGCCGCGGGGUCUUCAUCAGACACCACAGCACCAGCUACAGAGACAGAAUCAACCCCACAAACCGAAGCGUUCAACAACGGGGAGGGCGAUCAGAGCUCGAACUCUGCAAAGCGAUGGAUCACGGAGGAAUCACGAAGUCGUACGAAUCUCGAGGAAGCACUGAUUGAGAAGAUAGCAUCGAGAUAGGCGGGACUAGUCAAGAGAGCGCGUGCUCACCAAUAUAAACCUGUCACUUUAGUCGAUUCUCGCUCCAGGGUCAAUGGUCCUAACCAACUCAACCAGGAAAGUACCUCAAGCAUAAGAGAUACCGAGCAGCACCCCCAAGACGAUACAAGGGAACAGCUUUCUCGUCUAGAUCUAUUCAUCGAUCUAGUAUGGGUAGGAAUCAUCGCCAACAUUGCGAGUACAUUCAGCGAGGUAGCGUUCUCGGGCUCCCAGUCGAAUAUCGGAAUCGCGGUGUUGGAAUUUAUACUGCUGUUCUUGCCCAUUUGGAGGAUCUGGGAUGGGCUUAGGGUGUACUGUGUUAAUUUCUAUACGGAUGAUAUACUGCAGCGGAAUUUCCUGGUUUGGAUCCUCGUUUUGUCGGUGAUGUAUGGUAUUAAUGCGCCGUAUGCGUUUAGUGAAGGAGGUGAGAAUGAAGGGGAUGCGAGGAGUUUGACACUGCUUGUUGCGAUUUAUCUUGUGGCGAGGCCUUCGUUCCUCCUUGCUGAACUCGUGCAAAGCAUCUUCCUUCCGUUCCUUUGGAGAUUGUUUUUCUUCAAGCUCUUGACUACCUGUCUUACAUCCGCAUUUUGGAUGGCAGCUAUCUUUAUUGGCUACCCCGCUCGUCUCGACCUGUUUAUAGUAGCAAACGCCAUCGAACACCCCAUUGCGGUCUUCCUGCUCUCUCCUACCGCGGACAGGCUGCUCAUUCCGGGAUUUAAGAGGGUACUGCAUAUAGACCACUAUAUUGAGCGCUACGAAUGGUUCUUUAUCAUUAUCCUCGGAGGGAGUGUAUAA